AUGGUGGUUGAAUUCCAAGAGAAGAAAACAGAGCGCCAGUUCUGUCUUAAAGGCCGGGAGAUUCUUCAAGCGGUCAUUAUAUCAACAGACACAGAUGUUUCCCUUUCUUCAUAUAAUGAAGCUCAGGGAUCCAAACUUAUUCGUAAAGCUAAAGAGACACCAUUGGUACCCGUUGGAAUAGCAGGUUUUGCAGCACUUGUUACAUAUGGAUUAUACAAAUUGAAGAGCAGGGGAAAUACGCAAAUGUCCCUUCAUCUGAUCCACAUGCGUGUGGCAGCCCAAGGCUUUGUUGUAGGAGCAAUGACUGUUGGUAUGGGCUAUUCCAUGUAUCGAGAAUUCUGGGCAAAACCUAAGCCUUAGAAGAAGAGAUGCUGUCUUGGUCUUGUUGGAGGAGCUUGCUUUAGUUAGACAUCU